CCCUAGCUCUCCAGCCCAGUAGGCACCUGGGAGCCACGGGGAAAAUGCCUCCUCCCACGGGAGUCCCUGCCUUGCUGUGGAUGGUUUUGCUGCUCUUCUCUCCCGAUGGCAUGUCAGCAGCCACCUGGAAAUCUACAGUGUCCUUGAAUCCCCCAUGGACUAGAAUAUUCAGAGGAGAGAAUGUGCAUCUUACGUGUAUGGUGAACAAUUCUCUUGAAGAUGGCCCCAUUACGUGGACCCACAACAAAACCACUUUGCCAAAGACCACUUCAAGUUGGGACAUCGUAGAUGCAAAAGCCGAGGACGGUGGGCAAUACAGAUGUAAAAGCCAAACAAGGGCCAUAAGUGAACCUGUGUACCUAGAGGUCAUCAGUGACUGGCUGCUCCUUCAGGCCUCCGCUGAAGUGGUGACGAAGGGUGAGUCCCUCUUGCUCAGGUGCCUCGGCUGGCGGAAUCGGGAUGUCUACAAGGUGAUCUACUACAAGGAUGGCGAAGCCCUCCAGUACUGGUAUGAGAACUACAACUUCUCCAUCGUCAAUGCCACAACAGAAGACAGUGGCACCUAUUACUGCAUGGGCACAGUUUGGAGGAUACGCUAUAUCUCCAAUACCCUCAACAUUACAGUAAAAGAUCGUCUUACAGAUGACCAAAGCAACCACUUGCUACAAUUUCUUAUCCCAUUGUUGGUGGUGAUUCUGUUUGCUGUGGACACAGGUUUGUUGAUCUCGACCCAACGGCAGUUCACAUUUCUGCUGAAGAUGAAGAGGACCAGGAAAGGCAACAAAUUUAUGGGUACAUGACCUAAACCAGAUCCCCCAGACAACUGAUGUCACAGCUCAAGAAACAUCUGCAAUGACAAUUUCUUUCUGGCAUUAGCAAUGGCUUCUCAACUGUCAAACACAGCUCACAAGUUACGCAGGAAGUGCUCAAGGCUUCACCGAACUGCUUCAUUAAACCAACCCAACCUGGUAAUUCCUCAAUAAACAUCAGUUAAAUAAGUAAAAGAAUGAAUAGACUCAUUUAUCAGCGUCUGUAAAAAAAAGACAUACAACUUGAAUAAAAAAGUAUAAAACCCUGUAAUAUGAUGCUUCUAAGUAUCUGAGGCUUGCUAGUUUCCUUUUUUGCUUCUAGAGGCAAGAACCAUGAGG